AUGACAAAAAGAUGUCUCAAGGCCCUUAAAUGGCUACACGGGCAGCUGAGACUGGCAUGGAAGAACGGCCACAUUAGCAAGGAAUGUAUGAAAGCUGAUGGGGUUUACAUCCCCAAAGAAAAGGACUCUGAGGGGAUCAGUCAAUUCCGUCCUAUCUCACUGCUGAAUGUUGAGGGCAAAAUCUUCUUCUCGGUGAUGGCAUCCAGACUCAUGUCCUACCUAUUGACAAAUGGGUACGUAGACACCAUUGUGCAGAAAGGCGGAGUACCCGGUAUAGUUGGCUGUCUAGAACACGGCAGCAUGAUCUUGAAGGCCGUCCAGAAAGCAAAGGAAGGCAAACGUAACCUCGAUGUCAUCUGGCUUGACUUGGCAAAUGCAAAUGGUUUGGUUCCACAUCAAAUGAUUCAGAUGGUCCUCCUCAUGUGCCACGUUCCAAAAGAGAUAUGUCUCAUGCUCCAUGCCUAUUUCGAAGGGUUCCAGAUGGGAUUCAGCACGGAUGAAUAUACAACAGACUGGGUUACCCCAAGCGUUUCUGAAGAAGCUGUGAAGAGCCUGGGGAGGUGGCAUGACGAGACCCUGAAAGACACAAGACAAUCGAAAGAGAAAGCACUCAGCACUGACAGCGGGCUGAAGAAGAUUGACCGUUCCCCCCUACCAGGAAGGCAUAGGGUCUGGUGUCUCCAGCACAUGCUGACCUCAAUGUUGCUGUGGCCGCUCUUGGUGUACGAAAUUGCCACAAGCGCGGUGGAAGCAAUGGAGGCAAAGAUCAACAAAUUCACCAGAAAGUGGCUUGCUGUUCCUCCUGGGCUUUCAGAUGUUGCCCUGUACUGCCGACAGGUCAAACUGAGACUACCACUAAAGACAUUAGUGGAGGAAUACAAAGCUGGCAAGACAAUGCUGCGGGUGAUGCUUGAGAAUUCCCAGGACGAGGUGGUCAGGUCAGUUCAACUAACACUGAGAACUGGCAGAAAGUGGAAAGUUUUGGAUGCCGUGAUGGAUGCCAAAGAUAACCUCAGGCUCAAAGAAGUUAUUGGCCAUAUCCAAGCUGGAAGACAAAGACUUGGAGGCGAGAAGAGGCUGUGA